AUGAAAAUUACUUCUCAUCCAAAUUUCAAGCAGAAGAUUCCACCUGAAGCAACAGCAUACGUUUGCGGAGCUAAGAAACGAUUGGACAUGGCACCGCGUUCCAACAAAAUGCAUAAGCAGAAAAAAAAGGACAUAGGAAAAGAACCGAAAAUCGACAAAGCCUCAAAGAAAAUAUUCAAACCGAAGAAGAGGGAACAAAAGGACGCGGUGGUGGCUGCUGCUAAACCGGAAACACUCGCUCUUCAACUAGAAGACGAGGUUCCUGAUUUCCCUCGAGGUGGAGAAGUUUUUGCGAAUCCAAGGAAUGAUUACGAUGAGUUUGGCGGCGGGGAUCACUCGAUAAAGGUGAAGAAGAAGAAGAAGAAAAGGGGAAGAAAUGAGUUGAGUAAGAGUGAUGAAGCUGCAGAUGAUUGGAGCUUGCAUUCCGGUGAGGGUAUCACUGGAAAGUUGCCACGCCGUGUGAAUAAAAUUACUCUCAAGAAUAUAACACCUGGAAUGAAGCUUUGGGGAGUUGUUGCUGAAGUAAAUGAAAAAGACCUUGUAGUUAGUUUACCAGGGGGUUUACGUGGUUUAGUUCACGCAUCAGAUGCAUUGGAUCCUAUUUUCGAUGACAAGAUUGAGGUUGGGGAAUUUUUCCUUUCUGGUGUAUUUUUGGUCGGGCAACUGGUUUCAUGUGUUGUACUGAGAUUGGAUGAUGACAAGAAAGAGAAAGGAAGCAGGAAAAUUUGGCUUUCUUUGCGUCUUUCAUUGUUGCACAAGAACUAUAACUUGGAUGUUGUUCAGGAAGGCAUGGUCCUUGCUGCAUAUGUAAAAAGCAUUGAGGAUCAUGGUUACAUUCUUCAUUUUGGCGUGCCUUCUUUCAUGGGCUUCCUACCAAAAAACAGCUCUACUGAAGGCUGGGGUGGUGAAGCAAAAAUUGGGAAACUUCUGCAAGGUUUGGUUAGGAGCAUUGAUAAAGUUCGUAAAGUGGUUUACUUAAGUUCUGACCCAGAUACAAUGUCCAAAAGCGUGACCAAGGAUCUCAGAGGUUUAUCAAUUGAUCUUCUAGUUCCAGGAAUGAUGGUAAAUGCCCGUGUGAAGUCAAUCCUUGAGAAUGGUGUUAUGUUAUCAUUUCUCACAUACUUCACUGGAACUGUUGAUCUGUUUCAUUUGCAAAAUAUUUAUCCUGGAACAAAGUGGAAGGACAAGUACAUUGAAUCUCAGAAGGUUGAGAAAUGGUGGGUUGUUUCUCGAAUAUUAUUCAUUGAUCCAUCAAGUAGAUCUGUUGGUUUGACUCUGAAUCCACAUCUUGUUCAGAACACAGCCCCUCCUUCUCAUGUUAAAAUUGGAGAUAUAUAUGACAACUCAAAAGUUGCAAGGGUGGACAAAGGAUCAGGACUAUUGCUUGAAGUUCCUUCAAUUCCUGAGUCAACUCCAGCUUUUGUCAGUAUAUCUGAUAUUGCUGAAGAGGAGAUCCAAAAACUUGAGAAGAAGUUCAAGGAAGGAAAUCGUGUUCGAGUUCGGAUUCUUGGGUUAAGAUAUUUGGAAGGAAUUGCAACAGGAGUUUUGAAGGCUAGUGCUUUUGAAGAAGAAGUGUUUACUCAUUCUGAUGUCAAGCCAGGCAUGGUUGUAAAGGCUAAGAUUCUUUCAGUUGAUAGCUUUGGUGCUAUAGUGCAAAUUCCAGGUGGUGUGAAGGCACUUUGUCCUCUUCGACAUAUGUCUGAAUUGGAAAUUUCAAAGCCUGGAAAAAAAUUUAAGAUUAGACAUUUUGUGGAUGAAGUUUUCACUUGGAUUAUUGUACAGGUGGGAGCUGAAUUGGUUUUCCGUGUGCUGGGCGUCAAGUCCAAAAGAGUGACAGUUACACACAAGAAAACCCUUGAACUAUGUAGAGCAGCAUUUGUUGAAGCUACAGGGGAUGGGAUGGGGGUUCGAAAAAAUGUGAAAUCGAAACAUGGAAUUAUUAGUUCAUAUGCAGAUGCAACUGAUGGUUUGAUAACCCAUGGAUGGUUAACAAAAAUUGAAGUCCAUGGAUGCUUUGUACGGUUUUACAAUGGGGUUCAAGGAUAUGCUCCUAGGCAAGUCUUGAAUUUGUCUGUAUAUGUGUAUCAUGACCAAAGUCAGUUAUAUUUUGAUGGUUGCAUAAACUGUGGGAGAUUGUUAUCAAUAGUUUGGUUUAGCAACACCAUAGUAGCAGAUAUUUCAAUUAAGGCCAUGGCAGCCACUAAAGAGCCAGGUGUGGAUCCAGGUACGGUGUUCAAUGUUGGACAAGUUGUCAAAUGCCGGGUCAUAAGUUCCAUUCCUGCUUCAAGGAGGAUCAACCUUAGUUUCAUAAUAAAGCCUACAAGGGUAUCUGAAGAUGAUAUGGUUACCUUGGGCAGCGUUGUUUCAGGAGUUGUUGACAGAAUUACAUCUAAUGCUAUUGUUGUUUAUGUCAAUGCAAGUGGUUUCUCAAGGGGUACAAUAUCCAUGGAUCACUUGGCAGAUCAUCAUGGUAAAAAUUCCCUUCUGGUUGGUAAAGGAUUUCCAUUUUCUGCUUACUCAACAGAUGUUAAGGGAAACAAUUUGAUUUUGUCUGCCAAAAGUUCUCUUAUUAAACAUGCUGAGCAGAUUCCUGUAGAUAUCAAUCAGAUUCAGCCUAACUCUGUUGUGAAUGGCUAUAUAUGUAACUUAAUUGAGUCUGGCUGCUUUGUUCGUUUCCUUGGUCAUUUAACUGGCUUUGCUCCACGAAAUAAGGCUGCAGAUGACCACAAAGCCAAUAUUUUGGAAUCCUAUUACAUUGGGCAAUCAGUUCGCAGCAACAUAUCCAAUGUUAGUAUAUUAAAUGCUGUUUGUAGUAAGUCUGGCAGAGUAACACUCUCUCUAAAGCAGAAAGAAUGUUCUUCAACUGAUGCGUCAUUUAUUCAGGACUACUUUCUCAUGGAUGAAAAGAUUGCCAAGUUGCAAGACUUGGGUUCUGGUGCAUCCGAUUUGAAGUGGCUUGAAGGAUUUAACAUUGGUGUGAUUGCAAAAGGGAAAGUCAAGGAUGUUGCAGAUGUUGGACUUGUUAUAAGCUUUGAAAAUUAUAAUGAUGUUUUUGGUUUUAUUACCAAUUAUCAGUUGGCUGGAACUAUUUUGGAGUGUGGCUCUGUGGUGGAAGCAUUGGUUCUUGAUGUUGCCAAGGCAGAAAGGCUUGUUGAUUUAACUCUAAAACCAGAGUUCCUUAAUAGAUCUAAAGAAAGUUCCAUAAGUCGUACCAGCAAGAAGGUUGUAUCAAUUCCAGAAAAUGAUUACACUAUAGGAUACGCAUCUGUGUCGGACUAUAAUACGCAAAGGUUUCCUCGUAAACAAUACCAAAAUGGGCAGAGUGUUAUUGCUACUGUUAUGGAUCUUCCGAGCCCUGAAACAUCAGGAAGGUUGCUUUUACUUCUUGAUGAGGUCAGUGUGACCGCCAAAAGAUCCAAGAAGUCUAGCUACAAAGUUGGAACUCUGGUUGAGGCAGAGAUUACUGAUAUCAAAAUGCUUGAACUGAAACUAAAGUUUGGAUUUGGUCUACAUGGCAGAAUUCACAUAACAGAGAGUGUGCGAUGUAAGCGCCAUUACCCUGAGAUGAUAUGCUGUUUUUGUAUUGUAGCUGUAAAUUGUGACCAUGUACAUCAUGAUAAUGUUUUGGAAAAUCCAUUCUCUAGCUACAGAAUUGGGCAGACAGUGACUGCAAGGAUUGUUGCAAAGCCUAAUGAAACAGAUGGGCAUAGGAAGGGCUCACAGUGGGAGCUUUCAGUCAGAUCUGAAAUGGUUACAGGUUCCAGUUAUAUAGAUGAUGUAUCUGAGAAUAUUGAAUUUAAAAUCGGGCAAUGUGUGGCUGGUUAUGUAUAUAAAGUAGAAAGUGAAUGGUUGUGGUUAACAAUAUCACGAAAUGUGAGGGCUCAGAUAUAUAUUCUUGAUAGUGCUACUGAACCAAGCGAGCUUGAGGAUUUCCAGAAUCGAUAUCAUGUUGGACAGCCUGUUUCUGGUUAUGUACUAAGUGUCAACAUUGAGAAGAAGCUAUUGCGGUUGGUUCUACGCCCCUUUUCAACUCUUCGUUGCAGAAAAAGUGGAGAGCCACUAGUUAAUGUUGUGGAUAAGGAUUUAACAGCAUAUGUUCGUGAAGGAGAUAUUUUAGGUGGAAGGGUUAGUAAAAUACUUCCAGGUGUUGGUGGAUUGCUUGUUCAAGUUGGUCCUCGAACAUAUGGAAAAGUACAUUUUACUGAAAUUGCAGACUGGGUGCCUGAUCCAUUGUCUGGAUAUCAUGAAGGACAGUUUGUCAAAUGUAAAGUGCUUGAAAUCAGUCACACUGUCCAGGGUACUAUUCAUGUUGACUUGUCAUUGCGAUCUUCCUAUGUGAAGCCUUCCCAGGAUUCUGCUGAUGUUCACAGCAUUGUGGAUGCUAGUGGCAAAUGUGUAGAGAAGAUUGAGGAUCUACAUCUUAAUAUGGUUGUAAAGGGUUAUAUUAAGAAUGUCACACCAAAGGGUUGCUUCAUUUUCCUCUCACGAAAUAUUGACGCCAAAAUUCUUCUAUCCAAUUUAUCUUAUCAAUAUGUUAAAGAACCCGAGAAAGAGUUUCCUGUUGGAAAACUUGUAAUUGGCAGGGUUAUAUCUGUGGAGCCUCUUUCAAAUCGUGUUGAAGUUACACUGAAGACAUCAACGGUUCCCAAUACUUCGGAAUCUGAGAUUAGUGAUUUAAGUAAAUUUCACGUUGGAGAUAUUAUAUCUGGCAGGAUUAAGCGGGUUGAGUCAUUUGGUUUAUUCAUUUCAAUUGACAACACAAACAUGGUUGGAUUAUGCCAUGUAUCAGAAAUUGCUGAUAACCAUAUUGAGAACAUCGAAGCAAAUUAUAAAGCUGGAGAGAUAGUAAAUGCAAGAAUAUUAAAGGUGGAUGAAGAAAGACUCAGAAUUUCUUUGGGGAUGAAAAAUUCAUAUAUGAGGGAUGGAAAUUUACUUCAAAUAGCAUCCAAGGAAGGAUCAGAUGAACUUAUUGCAGCAGAUGGAAUGAAGUCUAUAACUUCUAUGCAUAGUAGUUUGCUUGGAACCUCAAGUAUAGAUGUUGAGGAUGAAAUUAAUCUAUUCCCAAUUCUUUCCCAAGCUCAAGAGAGGGGAGAUGUUCCACCACUUGAUGUUUCCCUUGAUGACUUUGAUCAAAUUAAUGUAAAUAAUUCUAAUAAUCAAAGUGAAGAACAUGCAAAUGCAAAAGACACUAUAAAUGAAAAAAAUAAGAGGAGGGAAAAGAAGAAAGCAAAGGAAGAAAGGGAGAAGCAAAUUAGGGCGGCUGAGGAAAGAUUACUGGAGGAGGAUGUACCUAGAACUGCCGAUGAAUUUGAAAAGCUGAUUAGAAGCUCUCCCAAUAGCAGUUUUAUUUGGAUAAAUUACAUGGAUUUCAUGAUUUCUAUGGCUGAUAUUGAGAAAGCCCGCUCAAUUGCCGAAAGAGCUUUGAUGACCAUAAAUAUCCGAGAAGAGAGCGAGAAGCUUAACAUCUGGAAGGCUUACUUUAAUUUGGAAAAUAAGUACGGCAACCCUAGAGAGGAGGCCGUUAUGAAAGUAUUCCAAAGAGCUCUACAAUACAAUGAUCCCAAAAAAGUCUAUCUAGCACUCUUGGGAAUGUAUGAGAGGACUGAACAGCAUAAUCUAGCCGAUGAACUUCUAAUUAAAAUGACAAAGAAGUUCAAGCAUUCAUGCAAAGUUUGGUUGAGGCGUAUACAAAGUCUUUUGAAGCAAAAUCAAGAUGGAAUCCAACCUCUUAUCGAUCGAGCUUCGUUGAGCCUUCCUAAACAUAAGCAUAUUAAAUUUUUCUCUCAGACAGCUAUUCUUGAAUUCAAAGUUGGUGUUCCAGAUCGAGGGCGAUCCUUGUUUGAAAAAAUUCUACGGGAAUACCCAAAGAGAACAGACUUAUGGAGUGUUUAUCUUGAUCAAGAAAUUCAACUUAAAGACGAAGAUAUAAUUCGUGCGCUGUUUGAAAGAGCUGUUAGUCUGAGUCUCCCACCUAAAAAGAUGAAGUUCUUGUUCAAAAAGUAUCUUGAUUAUGAGAAAUCCCAAGGUGAUGAAGAGCGUAUUGAAUCUGUGAAGAGGAAAGCAAUGGAAUAUGAUUUGAUCUUUGUUGCCUCUGUAAAUGGAGUGGUUGUAACACUACCUGAUAAUGCUGAUGGGCUUUCUGCAGCAUACAUUGAACCUUGGAUGAGAGAUUUCAAGGUUUUAUCAAGCAUGGAGUUGGCUGAAACUCAUGUGGAUCGUGGGCCUAAGAAGAUUGAACAUGAGAAAGAAGAGGAAGGUCCCUUGUUGCCUGAAACUAAUGAGGAUCUUGGCCCUAAGAAGAUUGAACAUGAAAAUGAGGAAGGUCCCUUGUUGCCUGAAACUAACGUGAAUCUUGGGCCUAAGAUUGAACAUGAGAAAGAGGAAGAUCCCUUGUUACCUGAAACUAAUGUGGAUCUUAUACCUAAGAAGAUUGAACAUGAGAAAGAGGAAGAUCCCUUGUUACCUGAAACUAAUGUGGAUCUUAUACCUAAGAAGAUUGAACAUGAGAAUGAGGAAGUUCCCUUAUUGCCUGAAACUAAUGUGGAUCUUGGGCCUGAGAAGAUUGAACAUGAGAAAGAGGAAGGUCCCUUGUUCCAUUGUGAUUUUUGUGACACAGAAGUAGUUCACAAGCUGGCUCAAAUGUUCAUGCCAGGACUAGCCUCUGCCUGUGUUGAUAGCACAACAGGAUAUCCCUUCAAGACCCCUGGUUCUGUGGCAGUUGAUAUGAGAAAGGAGUUGAUAGAAUUUGUAACCCAAAGAAGUGAAUCAUUUGUUGCUGAGUCUGUUAUCUCUGAGGGUGGUCCUGAUGGUGAAGCGUUGGAAGACCCUUUUGAGAUCGUGUCUUUUUUUGUUGACGAGUUUGUUCAUUCCAAGAGGAAUUGGUUGAGUCAGUUUUCAGGAUGGUUGCUGAGUGAUAAGAGAGAGGACAACAUAGAUGAUUUUAUUCAGGAGAUGGAAAUAAAUGGUUUUUGGCCACUGGAUAGAAGAGAAACACUUGCAAAAGAUUUGCUAAAAAAUGUUGACUUCAAGAACACUUUUCAUUGCAGCAUGAGUUUUAAAUCUGUUGAAGAUCUUGCCAGCCAUCUUGAUACUUGCAACUUCAGGCCUUUGAUAUGUGAGAAUGAGGGAUGCGAUGUUAGAUUCAGUGCUGGUCAAUUGAAAGAGCAUGAUUCAACUUGUGAUUUCAAGAUAGUUCCAUGCGAACAGAAGUGCCCAAAUAGCAUCUUGAGACGUGAUAUGGAUAGACACUGCAUAACUGUUUGUCCAAUGAAGCUUGUGAAUUGCCCUUUCAAUGCAGUGGGUUGUAAAUCUACAAUUGCACAAAGUAUGAUUAGAAAACAUUGGUCAGAUGAUAUUGAGUCUCACUUAUUGCUAAUGCUUAAAGGCACCCACCGGGAAGCAUCAGAUGAAGAUCUUCAAAGACGUGUGGAGCAAAUUGUAGAGACAUCAUCAAGAAGCAAAUUAGAAGGGGCUCGGGAUGUGAGAUCCUUUACAAAUAUUGUCAAAAACGCUGAAGUUAAGCUAGGACCUAUGGAAGUGACUGUCAAAGAGAAAACUAAUGCAGAGGAAGUUGUCAAGAAUGAAGAUGGUGAAGAGAAUGGGACCAAAACAGAGGACAAGGAACAGCACGCACAAGCUUUGAAUUCUUUGGACAAAGCUGAAGUGAGUGCCAUCGUGGAUGAGACUUGUGCAGACAAUGCUGUCAGUGAACACAAGGAAAAUGGAGAGCAAGGUGGUGCAUAA